AUGUAUNCGUCAGUCCAACUUGAAGCAACACAUCUGGUCGACGUGGUGAACAACACCGCGAACGACAUUGGCGUGUAGACUGACUGUCGGGGGGGGGGGGGUUCAGGAGAGACCCCUCUUUGCUUCUCGCUACUGCUGUUGUGUUGGGAAAAAGUCGGAUGGGAACGGAGUUUGCCCCUUGCCUGCUGGCGAGGAGUAGUCGUGGGGGCGCACCACGAAAUCCUUUGCACUCAGGUUUUCAGUCUUGAUCUUUUUUUCGUCGUGCAGGUUUUUCCCCCUCUGGGAAGUGGAGAGGGUAGAGGAAAACGUAACAUAGUCUAAACGUGAAAUGCUUUUUGUUUAUGUUUAUGUUUUUUUUUUAGCAGUAGUCCUCCGCUGUCACCUGGGAAGUUGAGGACUGGGAUAUAGGGGCCGUACGCAAGCACGCUUCAUGUUUUCAAGUCUUGGUUUAGUACCUUGAAACCGAGUCGAACGAAGGCAAACAGCAGUGUGCAAAUACAGAGACUCGCGCGGGUACCGAGGGUAAUGGCCGUCUGUAGUUACCC